AUGCAAGACAACGACAACGUCAACAACAGAGACGGAGACGGUUUUCAGCUACCCGCCCUUCCGCCGCUACUUCACACCCGUGGCAAGAGUAUGGACCGUCCAGGCACGCCGGCCGAGGCCUUCAUCAGCCCGCAGCAGACGCCUCAGGGCAGCCCAAGUAAACACCACCAGCCGCCCGGCGCAUUUGAUCUGCCCCAUGUCUUCGAGAAUGCCAUGAGGCUACUUCCCACCAUCAGCUCUCCCAGAGCGAAGCCGACAUCGCCAACAUCGCCCAACAAGUUGAAAUUGGGCAGCGGCGGCGAGGACGGAGACUAUGCGGGGCCAGACUCGACCACUGUCGCAUCGGGCUCUCCAACGCGCAGGACAAACCAAGAAAACGCACCCCCCGGUGGACGCUCUGCUAUACAAAAAGACAACGGUCACAUGACACAUGCAGCACAGUCGCGGCAGGAACCCUACCGGACGCGCGAGGCAGAGCAGUCAACACGGUACUUGAAUGGUCCGCAGCGCCUCUCUGCCGAAGAUAUGGAGAAGGCGAGGAAGCCAGCAGUAAAGCGUCUCGCAAAUGUCACUCAACUAUACUUCCUCGACUACUACUACGACCUCCUCACCUACGUACAUACCCGCCAAAACCGUCUCUCUCAGUUCAAAGCACAGAACCCUCUUCCACCUGAGACGCCCGAAGAAGAGUACAACAGUGCUCUUACACAGUAUCUUGGUCGCGAACGUGCCAACCUCCGCAAGCGACGCACUCGAUUGAGGCAGGGCGACUUCCAGAUUCUCACCCAAGUUGGCCAAGGUGGUUAUGGACAGGUGUACUUGGCUCAGAAAAAGGACACCCGUGAAGUCUGUGCCCUCAAAGUCAUGAGCAAGAAGUUGCUGUUUAAACUGGACGAGGUCCGCCAUGUCCUGACGGAGCGUGACAUUUUGACCACUGCUAAGAGCGAGUGGUUGGUACGAUUGCUUUAUGCGUUCCAGGACGACAAAAGCAUCUAUCUUGCCAUGGAAUAUGUUCCUGGAGGUGAUUUUCGAACCCUGCUGAACAACACGGGCGUUCUACAUAACCGCCAUGCGCGCUUCUACAUUGCUGAGAUGUUCACAUGUAUCGACUCGCUGCACCAGCUGGGCUACAUUCACCGAGACCUGAAGCCCGAAAACUUUCUGAUUGACAGCACCGGACACGUUAAACUAACCGACUUUGGUCUUGCUGCAGGUAUUCUUGCUCCCUCCAAAAUCGAAUCGAUGCGUAUCAAGCUGGAGUCUGUGAGCGAUGUUGUUUCACCAUUUGGCCGGCCUAUAGAAGAGCGUUCUGCAGCGCAGAGGAGAGACAAUUAUCGCUCGCUGAGAGAGAGAGACGUCAACUACGCAAAGAGUAUUGUAGGCAGUCCCGACUAUAUGGCGCCUGAAGUACUCAAGGGCGAGGAAUAUGAUUUCACUGUUGACUACUGGAGCCUGGGAUGCAUGCUCUUUGAAGCAUUGGCCGGAUACCCACCUUUUGCUGGCGCUACAGUUGAUGAGACGUGGCAGAACUUGAAGCAGUGGAAGAAGGUAUUGCGAAAGCCCGUAUACGAAGACCCUUCGUACUUCUUGUCCAAGCGCACUUGGGACCUCAUCGUGCGUCUCGUAGCGUCCAAGUCGUCUCGAUUCCGCAACAUAUCCGAAAUUCACGCGCAUCAAUACUUUGCUGAAGUAGACUGGGCAAAGUUGAGAGAACAAAAGGCACCGUUUGUACCAGAGUUGGACAGCGAGACCGACGCUGGAUACUUUGACGACUUUGGCAACGAAGCCGACAUGGCCAAGUAUAAGGAGGUGCACGAGAAGCAGGCUGCUUUGGAAGCAAUGCAAGACCGCAAUGUGCAAAUGGGCAAGGGUCUCUUCGUCGGAUUCACCUUCCGCCACAAGAAGCAAGCCGAAGAAAACGGCAAGCCAUCAACCCCCCGGAAACCACUUCCUAUGGUUGACGAGAAUUUUGAUACCAUUUUCUAGAGGCAUUGUCCUCGUUUAGCACGCCGUGGCACUGGUUGCGACGGCGCUUUUGUGCGUUUAGUGGGUUAUGGGUAUCUUUUGAAGCACCUGGCACUUGUCAAUCUGUGACGAGCAACAAGGUGAAUGCAUAUAAGGAAAGCUUUCAUGACUUGGCCAUGACAGCAUGGAAUAGUUUAGAUUCGGCGUUUGUUGCGAGCCAUGCAUAUUCAUCUUGGCAGUCAAUUGUGCGGUAUGCAUUUGGGGAAUCGUGUAUUAGUAGUCAAGGAAUGCACGAGUACUGUGACUGUUUGU